AUGUCCGAGCAAGCUGCGGCUCCCCCGGACGUACCCAUGGAAAUCACCAGCGACAGUAUCAAUUCUUACCCCGAUGCCAGAGAAUCCGACGGACCAGAACUCCAAGCUUCUGAAGCUAUCUCCCACGAUGUCGCUGGACCUUCUUCAACAUUCAUCCCGCCUCCAUCUCCACCCUUACCCAAUCUCAAUACAAAAUCAUUCCCAGCGAUCGAUAUAGAUUCUGAUGAAGAUGAUUCAGAGGAUGACGAACCUAUUGCGACAUUACCUAUAUACAUGUCCACGGCUUUAGGCAAUAACAUCGACCUGUAUCAAUAUCCGUUACAACAUCGUUCUAUCACUAUACCUACCUGGGCUCGAGAUAGGGGAAAGUACAUAUCUGCCAGGGUCAAAGAGAAGAUAAAUAGAGUGGAGAUUGAGAUUCCGGUUGAUGCAGGUCAGAGUUAUUGGAGAGAAGAAAGAGCAAGAGAUCUAGGUUUCGUUACUGAUACGCGAGAGAUUAACGGCAAUGGGGAUGAUGAUGUUGUUGGUGGCUAUGGAUUUGGUGGUGGAGGUGGAUCAAAGAAAGAUAAAGAUAACAAGAAGGCUAAAGGGAAAGGAAGAGAGAAAUGGGGAGAUAAGAUGAGAUUGAGGAGUGAACCUGUGCCGAACGCUACGGGAUAUUAUUCUGGUGUUAUAAGAGAUGGCGCCCUUCAUCUCCACCCUGUCUCAAAACUUCAUCAAUUCCGAACAUCCCUUGGAUACCUCGAUGAUGCCGAUGAAAAAGCCAAAGAACGAUCCACACGACGUACAGCCAAUGGCGGGACGGGUGGGGGUGACUCAGACGAUGAGAGUACCAAGAAGAAACCUGUUAAAGAUCUCAGACAACAACAGAGGAAAGUAUUGGACGAAGAGGAUAAUGAUGGGAGUGGGAGUAUCAAAGACUUCAGGAACAAAAUGUGGUGGAUGAGCAAGAAGGAGGAGGAGGAUCCAUGGGUACCUUAUCAAUGGAGAGCAGGAGAGGACGGAGAAGUCGCCGAGACGUUGGAACAACUCGUCGUUCCGCAAGACAAACGAGAAAGACUGACAUGUAAAACCCGACCGUUGGAUUAUCUCGAUCGACAGGAUAAGAUGCAGAUCGUAUAG